GUCCCAUCAAGAAAAUGGAGUCAAGUCACAGCAAAUGUACCACAUUCUCCUCCCCAGACGAGGAGGCCCUUACCAGCCAAUACUAUGUAUAUCACACCAUUGGCUCUGGCACCUUUGGGCAUGUGAAGAAGGCCUGUCACCACCUCACAGACAAAGAGGUAGCAGUGAAAAUACUGCAGACAAGAGACUACCCCAUACUGGUAGAAAAUGAGGUGGACAUUGUUAAGUCCCUGAGUCACCCCCACCUGAUCAGGGUGUACCAAAUGAUCCAGGGAGAGGAACACGUCUACCUGGUAAUAGAAAUGGCCACCAAGGGAAACCUGCAGACGUGGAUCCAAGAUUCAAGCUGUCUUUUUGAGAAUGAAGCCAGAAAGCUUCUGCAGCAGAUAUUAAGUGCUGUGCAGUACUGUCAUCUCAACUGGAUCGCACACCUCGACCUAAAGCCUGACAACAUCCUACUGGAUGAAAAUGGCAAUGCCAAAGUCAGUGACUUUGGGUUAAGUGUCAGAGUUGCCCCAGGGGAGUUGCUCACAGAAGUCCGAGGAGCCUAUGUCUUCUGUGCCCCUGAGAUCUACUUGAAGCAAGCUUAUGAUGGCUUCAAGGUCGAUAGAAGCUCCAGUCCCAUGGUCCUCUCCCAGGACCAACCUUGGCCUGCCCUCCACUGCUCAUCCACCCCCAAGAGCCAGGGGGAGAUGCAGAGCUGCAAAGCAAAAGCAGAAUCCCAAUCCCUGCCCCCUGCAUGGCCCGGAGAGGCCAGGCCGCGGCGCCUGCCCACAGGGAGGCCGAGGGCCUGGGCCUGCAGCGCGAGGGGAUCUGGGCGCACGGAUCCUGGGAUCCCACGGCGCUGGAGCGGCAGGGAGGCGGUGGGCCACGGUCUUCGCGGUUCCCGAGACGCCGCCACGCGGGUGACCGAGGCGUCCACCUCGGGCCACGCGGGUGACCGCGGCGUCCACCUCGCGUGCUUGGCGGCGGUCCUCGGGCCCUCGCAUCCUGGACGGCGGCUGGUCCUCGAGGCGUAG